AUGAUUAAAAGGAACGGUGAUAAUGUGUUUGCGAUCGCAUCGAACAAUAAUCAGUGUCAAGGCGGACGGAGUACUGUCUCACUCUGUCCCAGUGCAACCACAAGGAUCCCGCGAGCGACUGCUGGCAGGAUGACGCAGCCCGAUGCGCAGCAAAACACUAAAGAAGCUAAUAUCGCGCUCUCUACAUACGUUGAAAAAUGGAAAAAUAGAUAUGAGGAUGCUGAAAGAAAACAUAAAGCCUAUCUCCUUAAAUCUGAAAAAGCUCGUCGAGAGUAUGAUGAUCUUCAACGUCGAUAUAAUAUUUUAUUGGAAGAAAGAAAUCAUCUGGAUGCAGAACUCAAUGACAGGGAGCGGGAGCUCAACAAGCUUCGGCAUGUCUCUGAGAAACUAUUCCAAGAAUACCAACAGCUCAAAAACCAACAUGAAAUUGACACCGGGGUUAUGCAAAAGGUGAUGCAACAAGCGGGUGAAUGGUACAAACAGAAUAAGCAGCUGAAGAGACGAAGCACAGCGCUGCUGCUCGCGCUGCCCACCACCGUUGACAUUGAUAUCACAGACGCUACAGAUACAUCAUCUGAAGCGAGCAGUAAUGAAGAAGUGGAAUUUCUGAAGCGUACAGUAUCUGAACUGUCCGAGCAGAUAGCAGCCUUACAGACGGAGGCCAACGCGGCUAAGUUACACGAAUUUGAGGCCCACGAGGUCAAUGUGCAAUUGAAUCAGGAAUUGGAGGUAGAACGAGAAAAAUGCGUUCAACAGGAAAAAGAGUUGCAGGAACUUAGAUCUCAAAUAGAGAGACACAACCGAGUGUCCAAACUACUUAUGGAAGAGGUUACAGGUCUCAAGGACAAUGCUGACAAGGACAGACAAAUGGCCGAGACUUACAAAUCAGAAGCACGCGACGCCAAAAAGCGCGCAACAGUACUGGCUCACCAGAGCGCAUUGCUGAUGGGAGAAUUGGAUCUGGAUGAACGCCUGGGACUGCUUUUAGGUGAAGUGGAUAGUCUGAGAGACGCCUUGGAACAGCAGAGUAACAGGCAUAAGGAUCAUGUUCAGCAGUUGCAGCUACAAUUAACUGAAAAGCAUGAAGAUACAGACAUACUACUAUGGGAAGAGAAAAUAAGACUGGCUGAGGAAGAUGCACAGAAAGCGUUAGAAAGAGCAGAAAGAGCUGAGAAGAAAUUGGCGGAACUCGAUAAGAGAGCUAAGGGUGAACCGAGAUCUGCGCUUAAAAGCCGUAUUAGUUACUUCGAAAGUGGUGGAAAUGAGAGGAUUAAGAAAGAGAUCAAGGAAGAAGAACCAGCGCUGACACAAAUUCCUGCCCCCUCAACCCCAGCCCCCAUAACUCUAGCCGCAAUAACUAAACCCCCGGUUCCAACUCCCCCAGCAUCACCAAUCCCACAGGAAAUCCCGAUAGUCACAAUUCCCAUUUCCCCGCCGCCCCCACCAGUUAUGCCCCCACCACCGCCUCCGCCGCCCCCGCCCCCAGUGGCCUUUGAACCCUUGGGUGAUAUGGAUAUGGCUAAGAUGCUUGCAAGCAAGUCAGGCACGCUGAAGAAGACGAAACAAAAUGGUGGGGGAGCAAUAGACGCGAUAGUAGACCAAAUAAAGGGAGGCAAAUUCCAGCUGAAGUCCACAGAUCACGCAGUUGAGAAGAAACCCAAGGACGAACAACCUGAAGCUGUCAAAGAAAUGCUACAGAUAUUAGGAACGUUGCGCAAGCGACGGGGACAUAGGCCUAGCCUCAUUACAGAAAAUACGUGA